CACUUUUGACACCAAUCAUGUAAUUUUUCCAAUUUUUUCAAAAUUCUGUUUACAAAAUUAUCAGUUAAAAUGUUACCCUUCAAAGCUAACACCAAGAUCCUGGCAUCAUUCUUCAAAACAUAUCCCGUUAUAUCCUCACAAAUCGUGAGGAAACGGGCGACAUUUACUUCAGAAAAUUCGGAGUCUGUCGAUUUGGCUUACGCAUCUUACGAGAGCACUGAAUCUGAGAAUAAUCCACUGCCUCCCUUAGUAAUAUUACAUGGGUUGUUGGGAUCGAAGAACAAUUGGAACAGUAUGAGCAAGGCUAUCCAUAGAACGACUGGGCGGAAAGUAAUCAGUGUAGACGCGCGUAACCAUGGUGACAGCAGGCAUUCUUCGCAACACAGCUAUGUUCACAUGGCUCACGAUGUUAUGAACCUGCUGAAAAAGUUGGAGCUGUCUAAAGUGUCCGUUAUGGGACAUAGUAUGGGGGGCAGGACUGCUAUGGUGCUGUCAUUGCUUUGUUCUGAUCUAGUCUCGAGUCUAAUAGUUGUGGACAUAUCACCAGUAAAAACAAGCCCUCAUAUCAACUCAAUGGCAAACCUCUUAGAGGCGAUGUCAGCCGUCUCCGUGCGCCCCGGCAUUGCCAUGUCCAAGGCUAGGAAAGUAGCCGACGAGCAACUCAAGUCAAUAACACCAGAUGUCAACUUGAGGAACUUCAUGAUAACGAACCUGGUGCAACUUCACACAGGAGCUUAUACUUGGAGAGUCAACCUGCCGGUUUUGAAGGAGAACUUUUCGUCACAUAUUUCGAAGUUUCCAUCUAGUUUGAAAGGGUUGCAGUACUGUGGGCCUACUUUAUUUAUAGGAGGGUCUCUGUCAGACUAUAUAGGUAAAAAUGACCUGCCAGAGAUCCAAGAGUACUUUCCGCUGGCAGAACUGGUGUUCAUCGACGGUGCCGGUCACUGGGUCCACAGCCAGAAGCCCCAACCCUUCCUAGAAACCGUUUGCAAGUUCUUAAAAGAAAAGUAAUAGCCAUAUUAUAAUUUAAAAAAAUAUUAAAUUAGGUAAAAUAAAUUGUGAUUUAGUUCACCAUUUGUGAUUAUUAUUACCAUUGGAGAUUUUAUUUUAGCAAUUGUGAUAGUGAAAUGUACAAAUUAAAUCAGUUUUGUUGUAAAUAUAUUUUUUUGUUGUUAACCGUAA